ACCCCUAAACUUGUCAGUCGCCUUUCCCUAGCAUCCCACUUGCUCUUGGACGCGGUCGACUGUUUCUUUUUCUUGCCCCGGUUUCCUCCACGCGCAUAUCUUCUUUCCUCGCUGCAGGUCCCUCAUCGCGUUCCAACACCCAGCAACACCUAAUUGGAGCCGCCUCUUCUCUAUCCGCCCACCAUGGCUUCGGCAGUCCUUAAUGCGACCGUCGCUGGCCUGAGCUCGACAGACACAUACUUCACCGUCUUGGAGGAGGUUUCCAAGUACAAUGUUCAGCUGAGCUACCCCGAGAAGCUCUGGGCGGCGUGGUAUCUGUGGAUGCAGAACGACGUUCUCGCGACCGGUCUCAUGAGCUUCUUCAUGCACGAGAUCGUCUACUUCGGCAGGUCGCUCCCGUGGAUGAUCAUCGAUGCCCUCCCCAUGUUCAACAAGUACAAGCUGCAAAAAGAAAAACGCCCCACCUGGAGGGAACAGUUCGAGUGCGCCGGUCUCGUUCUCCUCAGCCACUGCACCGUCGAACUCCCUCAGAUCUGGCUCUUCCACCCCAUCGCCACCUACUUCGGUCUCGACUAUGGCGUGCCCUUCCCUCCUCUUUGGAAGAUGGCCCUUCACAUCUGCAUCUUCUUCGUCAUGGAGGAUGCCUGGCACUAUUGGAACCACCGUGCGCUUCACUACGGCCCUCUCUACAAGGCCAUCCACAAGAUUCACCACACGUACAGCGCGCCCUUUGGUCUCACCGCCGAGUACGCCUCCCCCAUUGAGGUUAUGCUCCUCGGUAUUGGUACUGUAGGAUCCCCCAUCCUCUGGGUUUCCAUCACCAAGGACCUCCAUCUCGCCACCAUGUAUGUCUGGAUUGUCCUCCGUCUCUUCCAGGCCAUCGACGCCCAUUCCGGCUAUGACUUCCCCUUCAGCUUGCGCCACUUCCUCCCCUUCUGGUGCGGUGCCGAGCACCACGAUCUCCACCACGAGCGCUUCAUCGGCAACUAUGCCUCCAGCUUCCGCUGGUGGGAUUACUGCCUCGACACCGAGGCCGGUGAGGAAGCUGCCAAGGCUCGCCGUGACAAGAAGCUUGCGGCCAUCAAGGCUAAGAAGGCCCAGUAAAUGGGUGUAGUUUAUGGGUCCGCCGUUAUGGUACCGUCCACGGUAUUUGUACUGUUGUCUUCCAAGGUCUUCUAUUCGACCUCACUAAUUUUGGACAACGCAUCACCAAACAACGGGGAAGAAGGAAAGGAAGAACCACCUAACGAUGGGAAUUGGUCCAUGAGACAAAUCAAGCAAUUAAGGAGCCAAUAAAGGGUAGAAACGGGUUGGUUCAUUUCGUUUGAAAGACAAGAAGGGAGGCACGGUUUUGGUCGAACACAGACCGACCGAUGCACACCUCCACACAAAAGAGGCGUUUGGAAGGGGAAGAGAGUUGCGUUGCACCUCUGUUGCCGUACGCGCGCGGUGGUGCAGUUGGGGAGGGAGGCUUUUUCCUUCUCGCUUCUAUUAAUUCUUGUACAUAGCUGAUU